UGCCGUUUUGUCUUGCGACAGUCUCAGGUCAUUUCACCCAACAGAAAAGGUUCUUUUGAUCUCGGCGACAUUCACUUUAUAGAGCUAGUUGAUCGCAAAACCGUUUAUAUCGAGAUAAAGAUGACUUUCCCUCACCGCUUGAAGUUUGCAUUAUCUUUAAUAUGUUGCAUGCAACAUGCAUAUGGUACAUCAGUAAUCUCUUCAAAUGCAUCAGUAAAAGCGUCCACGACGGUGGCGACAAGUUCACCAACGACAACAAACAAAAUCGCAUCAACAACACAUACUACCACCACAUUAACAACAUCUAAUGCCGCAACAUCCUCAAUGGUUGUAAAUACAACGUCUAGAGGAAGGACGCACACCGCAGGAACACCAAUGACGACGACAACAACAUCGGCCGCUCCAGCCACAGUAGCAUUACCCUCAACAACUCACAUUGCAACCAAAUUGUCAAGUGCUUAUGCUCACACUACAAGUACGUCUGUCAUAACAUCAACUUCCAUGUCCACCAUGCGAAAUGCGUCUUUCAGCAUAGGGUCAGGGACUCACUACUCGCCACUAGAUUGCAAAUCUUGCAGCAUUGGAGGGACAAUCACAGUGACCAUGUCAUGUAACAUCAAGAUAAAUGGUAGCGACGAGAAAUGUGAUGGGUACAAGUUCAACAAAACCAGCUGUGAUUACGUUUCUUUGGGCGAUAGAGGGUACCCCUGUGCUGAGGUGAAAAUGAAUUACGCAGACUAUGUGGAAAAAAAGGUGACCGUUCCAAGAAAAUGUGGUGAAGUCUGCCCAGCCUCUGGCUCAGUGUUGUAUCCACACGUCUUGUUCAUUUUUGCAUCUGGCCUCGUUGUCGGAAUGUUAUCACAGACUCUGUGAACCCUCGGCCAUAGAAAACUUGAAGUUUCUAGCAAGAAAUAUAACGUCAUUUUAGUUCUCCAGGAGUAAAGCCAUAGAAAAAUUAUACUUUUAUUUCACGGAAGUUUAAUAGAUGCAAACCAAGGGAUUUUAUAAGCAAUUCUUGAAGUGAAAGUUUUUUGUAGAAAAAGUAGACACCACGGCUGAUAGGGAUGGAAAUCGAGUGUAGAUAGAGGCAGUAUAAUCAAAUCAUUUUAUCGAUGUAUAGAUGCUUCAAAACGACGAUGUUAAGAAAUGUAAUUUUUAGUUCACGCUAUGUUCUCGAUGAAAUGCGACUUUAGAGCGACGACACAGUGGCAAAAUGAGUGCUCAUGCUUGUAACUCGCGAGAAAUUUACGCGUGCAAAGGAAUGAGAAGGACAAUAUUUCCAUAGUAACACUAUCGAGGCAAAAUGGAAGCAUUUUAAAAUUCUCAUUGUUCGUUUUCAAUUCGUGGGGUAUAGGCCCAAAUCAAAACAGUUAAAGUUACUGCUUUUCAGAAAAGCUGGUGUCAAACCUCAUAUCUCUCACACAAAGAGAAAAGGUUUUUGGUAACAGGUGUGAAUUUAAUGACUGAAGUUAAGCAGCCGUAACAUGGCUGAGAAUUUCGUAGCGCUUGUUAUCGCUGUAGCGCUUCUGGCCAUCUCCUUCAGUAGGCAAAUCCCCGCAGAAAAAGUUUGUUGUCUCGGCUGAAAAACCCGCGUCAGCUUAUGUUUGCAAUAGAAGAACCGUUAGCCCUAAAAAGCUCAAAUAAUUCGAGUCAGGUAGCGGAGCAUGCGCACUCAUUUUGCUGCUAUGUUCUGGUGUGUGUCUACAGUGAGUAUCGUAGCGCCUGUUAUCGCUUUAGCGCUUCUUGCCACCUCUUUCAGGAGGCAACCCCCCGGAGAAAAAGUUUGUUGUCUCAGCUGAAAAACCCGCUCAGCUUAUGUUUGCGAUAGAAGAACCGUUAGUCCUAAAAGCUCAAAUAAUUCGAGUAGCAGAGCAUGCGCAUUCAUUUUACCGCUGUGUUCUGUGGUGUCUACAGUGAGUAUCAUGAGCUGCCUUUGAAGCUAACUAUUAAGCUUAUUUUAGAGUUUUGUUGAAAGGUUCAACUUUGUAAAGAAAUAUGUUUGUAUAGCCAGGGAGUGUAUGAAUUUUUCAUUAAAAGUGUUUAAAGAGGAGAA